AUGGGGCUUAUGACAAGGCUGAAGGUCACCCAAAGAGCAAUGAAGAGGGCUAUGCUUGGAGUUUCCCUACGAGAUCAAAUCAGAAAUGAGGAGAUUCGCAGGAAAACCAUGGUAGCCAACAUAGCCCAAACAUUCGUAUUGCGUGGGUUCGAGAGCCCGUUUUUAGCACCACGAGUGGUAGGCGGUGUGACUGUACCAGAUGGUCGUAUCCCUUAUCAGGCGUCUCUGCGAACACUCUUCAAUUCUCACUUUUGUGGCGGAAGUAUCCUUAACGAGAAAUGGGUCUUGACUGCCGCGCACUGUACUGUUGGCCAAUCACAUUUGACAAUGCAAGUUGUGGUUGGAACAAACAAUCUCCACAUAGGCGGCGAGCACCACUCCGUCGAGUCGAUCAUCAUACAUAGUGACUACAACAGCAUGGCCAUCAGCAAUGACGUCAGCCUGGUGAAGGUAUCUAAUGACAUCGUGUUCAAUGAUAACGUUCAGUCAAUACAACUGCCUGACGAUGACACGGACGUCGGAGCUGACGUCAUGCUGAGUGGGUGGGGGAGACUUUCGUAUCCAGGGGUAUACCCCAAUCACCUGCAAAUGCUAAAUCUAACAUCUCUGAGUGUGGAGCUAUGCCAGGAUAUCUUCGUUGGCAUCAACCCUGUAUUCUCGACUCAGAUAUGCGCCAUGACCAAGGUUGGAGAAGGAGCAUGCCACGGCGAUUCUGGUGGUCCGUUGGUGGAAGGAAACACGGUGGUGGGCGUGGUGUCCUGGGGUAUGCCCUGUGCUCGUGGCUACCCUGAUGUAUACUCAAGGGUCUUCGCAUUUAAAGACUGGAUAUUGGAGAAAAUGGAACAAAACUAACUUUUUUUUAAUAUCGGCGACUAUCUCGAUAAAGUUGCUCUAUUAAUUGUGUAUGAAUUUACCGAAGACAGAAAAAAAAAUGUAUAUAAGUGAUAAAUAAAACAUAAUAUUAUUUAUUAAAAGAGA